CUCCGCAGUCAGAAUGGAGCGGUUUGGACCUCAGACGCCUGUAGUGUAUUUUUUGUGAGAUGCUGAUGUCGGUUUUUAAUCGAUAAAAUGAGACUGUAAGGGUGAUCGUGAGUUAGCGAGCUCGCUGGAUAGUUCUAGUGAUUUCUAGUUUUGUCAUUAGGGUGUGAUUUUGUGCUAAAAGUCGUGCGGGAUUUAAAAAGGAUAAGAGAAAAGAAAAAUGACGACCACUACCACGUUUCAAGGCAUGGACCCGGAUGCCAAAAGCAGCUCCAGGGUUCUCCGUCCACCAGGUGGAGGCUCCAACAUUAGCUUUGGUGGUGAAGAGGAGAAACCUGCUGCUCGCAAAAACAAAAUGGCUUCCAGCAUUUUCGCAGAACCUGAGGAUCCACAUGCUCAUCGAAGGAACAACCCCCCAGGUGGGAAACCCACAGGUGUGUUAUGUGGAGAACCUUCAGCACCACUCAGGAGGUGUGUCCAACAACCUGUCAAUCAAACUGGUGACACACAGGAUGAACCUUCAUCAGUGGUGAACGGAGACGACGGAAAGAUUGACGAUGCAGUGGUGGAAGCAGCUGAAGAAGUGGAGGUGACUCAGAUGGAGAAGUCUGGACCAAGUGGCUCCUCGGAGAAACCGUCAGGACGCAGAAACCCACCUGGAGGAAAAUCCUCCCUCAUCCUGGGCUGAGACAUGCACCCCUUCUCACACUCUCUCUCUCUCUCUCUCUCUCUCACUCUCUCUGUCUCUCUGUCUCUCUGUCUGUCUCUCUCUCUCUCUCUCUCUCUCUCUCUCUCUCUCUCUCUCUCUCUCUCUCUCUCUCUCUCUCUCUCUCUCUCUCUCUCUCUCUCUCUCUCUUUCCCUCUUUCCCUCUCCCUCUCCUUCCCUCUCCUCCUGCUGCACCACGUCAUAUCCAGAGCCACGUUUACAAGCAUUCAGUCUGCAGUACCCAAGCUGUGUGUGUGUUGUGAGAUGCGAUGUGAAGUAAAUCCAGGCCUUGGUCCUGUUUGCUCUCUGUACUUUUCCCUCUUGUUAUGUAAGUCAUGAGUCUGUUCCACUUCCUGUCUCAGUCCUCCCGGAGUGUGUGUGUUUUGGACUGUGUUCAGUCCUGUACACCACUCCAUCUCACUCGCAUUUAAUUUCAACGAUUACAUUUCCCCGAAAAGCUGCAGGCUCCUGUCUCGUCUGACUCAUUCCUGGGUUUAUACGGAUUUAAAAUGUUUGUGUGCAUUUCUACGUAUAAUAAAAUAUUGCUAUGAAA